GGGCAGCCCAGGCCCACUGGUAGGGCUCAGGGGCUCUGUCCACCAUGGCCUGGACUCUUCUCCUUCUCAUGCUCCUCUCUCACUGCACAGGUUCCCUCUCCCAGCCUGUGCUGACUCAGCCAUCUUCCCAUUCCGCAUCUCCUGGAGCGCCAGCCAGACUCACCUGCACGCUGAGCAGUGGCUUCAGUGUUGGUGACUUCUGGAUACGGUGGUACCAACAAAAGCCAGGGAGCCCUCCCCGGUAUCUGCUGUACUACCACUCAGACUCAGAUAAGCACCAAGGCUCUGGAGUUCCCAGCCGCUUCUCUGGAUCCAACGAUGCAUCAGCCAAUGCAGGGAUUCUGCACAUCUCUGGGCUCCAGCCUGAGGACGAGGCUGACUAUUACUGUUGUACUUGGCAUGGCAACUCUAAGACUCACACAGUGCUCCAGACCCAUGAGGAAGUCAGACAAAAACCUCCCCUCUACUCUCCUGGCCUAGUGAAGUCACCCCUGCUGGUGACUGUGACCAAAUCUAACUCAGGGGGUGACAUCUGUUGUCACACCAACAGCACUGGAGCUCCCACUGACAAGCAGGUCUAA